AUGGGUGCAGCUACGAGGGAGAGGGUGUAUGGGUGCAGCCACGUGGGAGAGGGCGUAUGGGUGCUGCUACAAGAGAGAGGGUGUAUGGGUGCAGCUACGGGGGAGAGGUUGUAUGGGUGCAGCUACGAGGGAGAGGGUGUAUGGGUGCAGCCACGUGGGAGAGGGCGUAUGGGUGCAGCCACGGGGGAGAGGGCGUAUGGGUGCUGCUACGAGAGAGAGGGUGUAUGGGUGCAGCUACGGGGGAGAGGGCGUGUGGGUGCAGCCACGUGGGAGAGGGCGUAUGGGUGCAGCUACGAGGGAGAGGGUGUAUGGGUGCAGCCACGUGGGAGAGGGCGUAUGGGUGCUGCUACAAGAGAGAGGGUGUAUGGGUGCAGCUACGGGGGAGAGGGUGUAUGGGUGCAGCUACGAGGGAGAGGGUGUAUGGGUGCAGCCACGUGGGAGAGGGCGUAUGGGUGCAGCCAUGGGGGAGAGGGCGUAUGGGUGCUGCUACGAGAGAGAGGGUGUAUGGGUGCAGCUACGGGGGAGAGGGCGUAUGGGUGCAGCUACGGGGGAGAGGGCGUAUGGGUGCAGCUACGAGGGAGAGGGCGUAUGGGUGCUGCUACGAGAGAGAGGGUGUAUGGGUGCAGCUACGAGGGAGAGGGUGUAUGGGUGCAGCUACGAGGGAGAGGGUGUAUGGGUGCAGCCACGUGGGAGAGGGCGUAUGGGUGCAGCCACGGGGGAGAGGGCGUAUGGGUGCUGCUACGGGGGAGAGGGCGUAUGGGCAGCAGCUACGGGGGAGAGGGCGUAUGGGUGCAGCUACGGGGGAGAGGGCGUAUGGGUGCAGCUACGGGGGAGAGGGCGUAUGGGUGCAGCUACGGGGGAGAGGGCGUAUGGGUGCAGCUACGGGGGAGAGGGCGCAUUGGUGUAGCUACGGGGGAGAGGGCGUAUGGGUGCAGCUACGGGGGAGAGGGCGUAUGGGUGCAGCUACGAGGGAGAGGGUGUAUGGGUGCAGCCACGUGGGAGAGGGCGUAUGGGUGCAGCCACGUGGGAGAGGGCGUAUGGGUGCAGCUACAUACAGAUUAA